AGGGGCCCAGCUAAGGAAACGACGGCGUUUUCCGAUCCCAUCACUGUCCUUUCCGACAUAUGAUAUCCACCUAGGUCAGUUCCAAUCGAAGCUUUCUCCAACUCCAAAUCCCAAAAUGGCUUUCGCCGCUCGAUUCCUCUCGAGAUCCACACGCCAGUUGUAUGCUGGGCAAAGUGUUCUUCGAGCGGAGUAUGCCGUUCCUGCGCGUUCCUUUGCCAAAGGAGCUGGCAGCGCUCCCUCCUCCUUGAAGGGUGAUGAGAUGUUGAAGGGUAUAUUUCUUGACGUUAAGAAGAAAUUUGAGACAGCCAUGGGGAUCUUAAGGAAAGAGAAGAUCACCAUUGCUCCUGAAGAUCCUGCUGCUGUGGAGCAGUAUGCCAAAGUCAUGCAGACUGUAAGAGAAAAGGCUGAUCUUUUUUCGGAGUCACAGAGGAUCAAGUACACAAUUGAUACACGAACACAAGACAUUCCUGAUGUUCGUUCCUACUUGCUAGCCGUGAAGGAAAUAAGGGUGAAGAGAGGCCUUACUGAUGAACUAGGCGCAGAGACUAUGAUGAUAGAUGCACUGAACAAAGUUGAGAAGGAAUUGAAUAAACCUCUCUUGAGAAACGAUAAAAAGGGGAUGGACCUGCUGAAGGCAGAGUUUGAUAAGGUCAACCAAAAGCUCGGCAUUCGUAGAGAAGAUCUGCCGAAGCUUGAGCAGCAGUUGGAACUUAAACUUGCAAAAGCCCAACUUGAAGAGCUGAAGAAAGAUGCUCUUGAAGCCAUGGAAACUCAGAAGAAACGGGAAGAGUUUAAGGAUGAAGAGAUGCCUGAUGUGAAGUCACUAGACAUCCGAAACUUCCUUUAGACUGAAAUUCACACCUAUCUUGUGUACGUGUUUUUUUUGCCUUGUUCUCUCUUGGGCAAUUCCCUGAGUGGGAGAUAUAUUGCUGCUGACUGAUUGAAGAGGAACACACAUAAGAGUCCUGCCUUUGUUUAAUAAUAAUACUACGUCAGGAAUUUUCUAAGACAUACACUCGAAGGUUUGAUAUCCGAUGCUCAUGUUUCAUAAAUGAUGCAUUGUAUUGAAACAAACUAUAGUUGUGCUGCAUCUUAGCUCAAUAUUUCUUUGUACUAUCCCCUUUCAGUAUAGGCUCAAAAUCUGAGUAUUUUCUUCUCUCC